AUGGUUUACAAAAGAUUCCUAAAACUUUCAAGAAUUCAAGGGCAAAACAAGUGGCGGCAAAUAAUCGCCCAUGGUUACGGCUGUGGACGAGACACACCAGUCAUGAAAGACGACCCACGGGAGCCAGACAAUCAUCAAUUAAUCAGACGAUUAACCUUCAACGAGCAAGCAUAUCCUUCUUCUUCCUCCCCUUUAUUCUUUCGUGAUCUUGACGCCGAUGACUUUCGACAUCCUCUUGACAAGCAGAAUACGCUGCUUUUGAGGGCGAUUCCGGGUCUGAACGAGAUUGGGAAGGCUUUAUUAGGAAGCAUAGCAGAACAAGUCAUGGUUCUUGAAAAUAUAGGGACCUCUGUUCUUGUAUCCGAAAAUCAGCUUUCAGAACUUCAUCAGUUAAUGAUACAAGCAGCAGAAGCACUGAAGAUUGAAGCUCCUGAUUUAUAUGUAAGGCAAAGUCCAGUUCCUAAUGCAUAUACUUUAGCCAUUAAUGGUAAAAAGCCAUUUGUUGUUGUUCAUACAAGCCUUAUAGAGCUUCUUUCAAGAAAGGAGUUGCAGGCUGUUUUGGCUCAUGAGCUUGGACACUUAAAAUGUGAUCAUGGUGUUUGGUUAACAGUUGCUAAUAUUCUUACCCUUGGAGCCUACACAAUACCUGGGAUUGGUGGAAUAAUAGCGGAGAGAUUAGAAGAGCAGUUAUUUCGUUGGCUUCGGGCAGCAGAGCUUACGUGUGAUCGGGCAGCUCUUCUUGUUGUUCAAGACCCUAAGGUGGUCAUUUCUGUUCUAAUGAAACUUGCGGGAGGAUGCCCGUCAUUGGCUGAUCAACUCAAUGUGGAUGCUUUUCUUGAGCAAGCCCGAUCUUAUGAUAAAGCAUCUGCAAGUCCCGUUGGAUGGUAUAUAAGAAAUGCACAAACGAGACAACUUUCGCAUCCCCUUCCUGUACUAAGAGCUCGUGAGAUUGACGAGUGGUCAAGAAGUCAAGAUUAUAAAUCUCUCAUGAAACGUGCAAUUACGAAAAACUCUUUGCAAGAAGUUUAACAAGUCAUGGAAAUAUCGAAUACAAUUUAAAGUACAUAUGAGGUGAUUUACACUUGCUUUUAAAACCUCAAAAAAUUUGAAAAUCGGUUUAUGAAUAUGUACAACUACCCUGGUCUUGAUUGGUUAAGAAUUUAGCUGCUAAAAAUUUAGCGACCAAUCGUUACCACUUUAUGAAGUUUUACUUACUCCGAUUAUAUAGAAAUGUACAAAAAGUUUUACACACUCGAUUAUACAAAAAUGUACAAAUUCAGAUAUCGUGUUACAACACUUUAGCUUGUGG